AUCGCUCGUUAGCGAUUGAAUUCUCACUCUCUGCGAGUUUAGCUUUCCAGUGGAUUUCAGAUUUAUUGUGUGGUCCAAAAUGCGGACGCAAUUUUUGUUGCUCCUCGCGUUACUUGUUGGUGCGCACGGUGCCAAAUUGCCAAAGAAAAAGGUGUGCGUGAUAGGUGCAGGUGCGUGUGGUAUAAUUUCGCUGAAGCAAUUCGUCGACCAUCCUGAUGAGUUUGAAGUCAUUGCUUUCGACAAGAACUCGGACGUCGGUGGACUUUGGAUCUACACCGACAGCACGACGCUGGACGAGUACGGACUGCCCGUGCACAGUAGCAUGUAUAAAUACCUUAGAACCAAUUUACCGAAGGAGAUCAUGGCAACUCCCGACUAUCGAGAGUUCAAUGGCGAUCGCAGUUGCGUUACCCACGAGACGGUUUUGCAGUAUCUGAGGAAUUAUACCGACCACUUCCAACUUCGGCGCUACAUUCAGCACAACACUUUGGUGGAUAAAGUCACUCCGAUCCGCGGCAACAGCGACUGGCGGACGACCAAAUACACCGUGGAAUCUCAUAAUCUCAUUACCAACGAGAGCGCAGUGACAACGUGCGACGCCGUCAGCGUAUGCAACGGUCACUACUUCAAACCGCAUCUACCGAUAAUAUCGAAUCUAGAAAGUUUUCCUGGACGAGUACUGCACAGUCACAUUUAUCGCAAGCCAGAAGACUUCGCUGGCCAGACUGUGGUUAUAUUGGGUGCUUCGCUCUCUGGCAUUGACCUCAGUAUCGAGAUAGCCAAAUACGCCAAAAAAAUUUAUCUAAGUCACAACAAACCAAAAAUUACAAGCCCAUUGCCAGAGAAUGUAAUCCAAGUUACUGGAGUUGUCGGGGCUAACGGUGACAAAUUGAUACUCAAAGACGAAUCGAAUAUAACAGCUGAAGUAUUAAUUUUCUGCACUGGCUACGAAUUCGACUACCCCUUCCUUGACAAAAACAGCAGUGGCAUCGAGGUCGUUAACAAUCAUGUCAAACCGUUGUAUAAGCAACUGAUCAACAUUAAGCAUCCAUCCAUGGCGAUAGUUGGAUUGCCUAUACUCGCCUUACACUUUCCAAUAUUUUACAUUCAGUCACAAUAUUUCCUCGCUCUACUACAAGGCAAAGUCAAGCUACCCAGCAGAGAAGAAAUGCUCGAGGACUCGGAACGUUUGCCGCCGGGCAAACCCGAGAGAUACGCUCACUUCUUAGGCCCCGCUCAGUGGGCUUACAACGACGAUCUCGCCAAGUUAGGACAAUUCGAAUCCCUGCCAAAGUACUACAAGCGCGGUGGUCAUAUGUGGACCUCCUACAGAGAUGCUAACAUACUUCACUAUAAAGAGAGCGAUUUGAUCAUUCACGAUGAUGGCAGCGUCGAGAUUGUACACGUUGAGGGAAGGCAUUAAGUUUUUCAAAAACAUACUUUUCCUAAUUAAUCGACUAUAAUAAUAUUUAACUUAUUGUUAAUUUUAAGAAUUAAUGUAUGUUUUAAGUGAAUAAUAAAUUGAGUUUU